GAAAUGCGUUUGAUUUUCGGCGGCGACGCCUCUUGAUGAUGGGGUAUUUUGGCGGCUGCUUGUCCGGUGCCCGCCACGCGGCAAAGGUCGGGGACGCUGGUCUAAAGGGCAACUCAAGAACUGCAGCCGGGCUGUGCCAGCUGCCACCGGCUCCUGGAACUCAGCCCAGGGGAGUUUAAUUGCGGUGCAGACAUUUGGGCUCCAGGACCCUGCUCUGUAGCUCAAGAACGAAUAUAUUUGUUCCAGUAGGAGAGAUUGCCGCCCCCACCUUGUCUCUGUAAUAUCCUGGGAACAAAACAGCUACAAUAGUGUAACCCUGGUGCCCGCCCAAUAAGAGGGCAAGCCCAGGGAGGGAGCAACUGGAGAGUGAGCCAACCCUGUACUCACCCCACAAUGUGGCCCACUCUCACCCUGCAAUAGUGGCUCCAGUGGGGCAGGCUGGGUAUGGCUUCAUGGCUUGAGGGGCUGCAGUGCUACUCAGGUUUGGUCUGCCCAGCCCUCCAGCAUGGUGACAGAGGGUCAGGUGUGCCGGCUAAAUGUAACUCGGGCUGUGACCUGGUGCUCCAGGUUGCUGUGACACUCACUGAAGUUUGGCCUGCCUGUCCCAUCAUGACAGAGGGUCAGGAGGAGGUACAACUCUUUGUGCCAGUAUACAACACCCACAGCAGGGGGCCCAGCUGCCGGAGCCACCCCUGUGGGCUGAGUCACAGACACACACAACACUGUCCAUUACCUUUUUUACAGUGUGACAAACUUGCACCAAUAGUCAUGGUACAAACUUUCAAACCUCCCAGUGCCCUCCCAGUUGCAUGGACCACUGUACAUCUGCAUCACCUGCAACAGCUAUUUGUCUACCAGUGUGUAAACUUUGCCAUGCUGAGUUGGGUUGUUUGUCCUUUCAGAUGUCGGUGACGUUUGAGGAUGUGGCCAUGUAUUUCUCCCCAGCGGAGUGGGCACUGCUGGGCGAGGAGCAAAGGCAACUUUACAAACACGUCAUGUGGGAAAAUUACCAGACUCUGGUCUCACUAGCAGGAAUCCAGACCCCCAAGCCAGUGGUGAUCUCCAGCAUAGAGCGAGGGGAAGAUCCUUAUGUCCAGGGUCUCACAGAAGAUGGAGACAUCCUAAGAGGCACCCACCCAGCAGGGGCGAGGAACCUGAGCAGGGCUGAGGGGCAGACUCCUGAGGAAGGGCGUGGCAACCUGGAGCCACUCAGGCCUUUCCCAGGGACAUCAGGGAAGAACCACUCCCAGAAAACUGAAUGGAGAAGACACCACAAGAGGCAGGGCAGGCCACAAAGGCAGAGGAAAAAUCUGACCAGGAAGCAGUCAGUAACCUCAAGAGGCCAUCAGAGGAGAUCCAGGCAAUAUCUAAAGCCUCCUGCAGAGGGAAAAGCUGAGCCCAGAAAGAUCCUAUAUACCUGCCGUGUGUGCAGAGAAGAAUUCAAGGUGCAGAGAGACCUGAUGAGCCACCACUGGAUGGUUCAUAGGAGACAGGAACUGUAUCACUGUAGCGAGUGUGGGAAGAGCUUUAGGAAGAAGAAGGAGUUCAGGACACAUGGGAAAGCUCACAGAAAGAAGAGAGUCCAUUCUUGUUCUGAGUGUGGGAAGAUAUUCAACCGGUUAUCAUCGCUCACUACCCACCGGAGAAUACAUACGGGAGAGAGACCCUAUUGCUGUGCUGAGUGCGGAAAAAGAUUCUUCCAUAUAAUAGGUCUUACCGUCCACAGGAGAAUCCACUCAGGAGAGAGACCCUAUGCCUGUGCUGAGUGUGGAAAGCAAUUUAUGGAUUCGUCAACAUUUCGUAAGCACCAGAGCAGUCACUCAGAAAAGAGACCCCAUCGCUGUAACCAAUGUGGGAAAAGCUUCAAAGUUACAUCAAAUCUUACUAGACACCAGAAAAUCCACAGCGAAGAGAGACCCUUCUUGUGUCAUGAGUGUGGGAAAAAGUUCUUCCUACGAGAACAUCUCAUUAGACAUCAGAUGAUCCACACUGGGGAGCAGCCCCAUUCCUGUGCUGAGUGUGGGAAAAAAUUCAGUCUCCUUCAAAGUCUCAGGAGACACCAGGAAACCCAUACUCCGAGGAGACUCCAUCGCUGUGCUGACUGUGGGAAAAAAUUCCUUCAUCCCGGAAGUCUCUCUAGACACAAGAGAGUCCACACUGGGGAACUCCAUCGCUGCACUGACUGCGGAAAAGGCUUUGUCUAUAUACAUCAUCUCAAGAGCCACCAGAGAAUCCACACUGGAGAGAAACCCUAUUGCUGCACUGAGUGCGGGAAAAGUUUCACCCAUAUGUCAGGCCUCACCAACCACCUGAGAAUCCAUUCAGGAGAGCGACCCUAUCCCUGCACACAGUGUGGGAAGUGCUUUGCUCACUCAUCAUCUCUCACCAACCACCUGAGAAUCCAUUCAGGAGAGCGACCCUAUCCCUGCACUCAGUGUGGGAAGUGCUUUGCUCACUCAUCAUCUCUCACUGAACAUCUGAAAAUCCAUUCAGGAGAGCGACCAUAUUCCUGCAUUCAGUGUGGGAAGCACUUUGCUCGCUCAUCAACUCUUACUAAGCAUCAGAGAACCCAUUCAGAAUAGAGACUCCUGACCCUUGUGUUCGAUGGAGGGAACCUCUUCAACCUUUCACUUCACCCUGUUCCCAAAGCCUGUAAAAGAGGGAGAACUUGCUCUCACUCUGAAAUGUUCCCACCUCUUCACUAAACAGACACGAGUUUAGGUGUUGGGUUUGUUAAAAUAAUUUGUGUGGUCCUUGAGAUGGGAGCAUUUAACUUUAGAGGUACUGAAACAUUCUAUUGUGGGCAUUAUGGGCUGCAGGUUGGACAGGGAUGACUGGAGCCAAGACUAUACUUUAGAGGCCCUCGUUUCUCCCAGGCCGUUUGCUCACUGCAACUCCGAUCCUCUCAAGCUCUACAAAUGGAAUUAAUUCUUUUAUUUUCUCUGGGAUUUUUCUGUUUGGAAAAAGGAAUAAUGGGUAAAGAUUCUGGCAGAGACUGAAAAGUAGUUUUUGUCUUCUGAGUUAAUGAAAGGUUGUGACAUCCCUUGUGUCUUUCUCAUAGUACUGAAUCAAAAGGAAGGUUGUUUUGAUUUGGCUUUGAGAGAAAAUUAUGAAGCAAACUGUCCUGAUAGUUGGCUUCAUGCAUAAUGCAGCCAGGGCUCUGUCUUCACACCUAAUUGCCAGCCAAGCAAUACCAGCUAGGACCGGAAGAUUGGAGACUGGAGUUUCCGGAUCAACAAACAGAACGUGCCGUUUGGUUAUGGACUGCCUUCUUUAUCAUCUUGAUGGUACAUGCAAAUGCUUGACAUCUAUGGAUGCUGCUGUCAUGAUUAGCGUGACUACAUCACUUACCCAUCAUCUAAUUCAUUGUGCCAUCAGAAGUCAUACACCAGAAAAAAGGCAAGGGCAGGGAUGAGAGAUGUCAGUUACUUCCUGUUAUAAUGGCUUUUUUUUUUUUUUUUUAAUCAAAUUUGUGUUCCUGGAUGAGUUAGUGGCACUUUAAUGCCACCUAGGGCUUGUCUACAUAGAACUUAUCACUUACCAGAACACUCAUCCACAUCCCUGCACGAUGUAAAAUAUACCAUCAUAAGCACUGGUGUAAACUUAGCUAUGUUGAUGGGAGAGCUUCCCUGCCAACAUAGCUACCGCCUCUCAUAGAGAUGGAGGUGUUAUGCUGACAAACAAGCUCUCUCCCAUUGGGUUAGACUGGAGCAUCUUGUAUGCUAGCUUGGUGUCUUGAACACUAUCAGGAGCUGUAGCACAUCUAGUGUACGUUAGCCGUAAUACUUAGGGCUUGUCUACGCUGCCUGCUGGAUCGGCAGGCAGCAAUCAAUCCAGCAGGGUCAACACCGGUACUCCACCAGUACGAGGAGCACAAGCGCAGGUGACGGGAGAUCAUCAGCUGUAGACUUACCGCAGUGUCUUCACUUUGGUAAGUAGGUCUAAGUACAUCGACUUCAGGUACGCUAUUCACGUAGUUGAAGUUGCGGUAUCUUAGAUGGACCCUGCGUGGUAGUUUAGACAAACCCUGACAUGUAGCCGGAUCUCAGCCUUGACACCAAGUGGCAAGGAGUGCAGGAAAAUCUCUCUGGGCAACUUUGUUCUGCUGUGCCGGUUGGGACUCAAGUUUGCUGCUUGUUGUAGGUGUUUUCUGUAAACAACUUGUAGAGUUGCUGUCCCAGCCCAGAGUGUGACAUGGGCAUAAAACAUCCAGAGGUCAUGGAGCAGGGACAGAGAUGGGAUCCUGCAUGGGAACAGGCAGCCCAAUGAGCACUGUUUCAGGAGAGACACUCCGAAAUAAAGAGGGAGAGAAACUAGUCCCAGCAACAUCCACAGAUCAAACUGAGCAGCAUUGUCUCCCAAUUGUUUCCCCAUUCCUCAAGAUGGGGUAAUCUGUGGCCAUUCUUCUCUGUCAGAGGGCAAUGAUGAGAUGAGACUUUCUGUCACUGUUGUCUCAUCGUUCCUGGAGGGAAUGAAAUAAUACAAGAGAAAUAUGAGUCUGAAAUGGCUGUGCUGCCAUGUGUGUAAGUGAGGACUUGCAAUCUUCCCUGCAGUGCUGACUUUGUUACAUUCCAGUCACUCUUGGAAGAUGAUGUUGGGGAGAAGCAGCCAUCUUGCCUUUCUUUCUGGAGUUGGUUAUGCCAGUUGGUGUUCAGCUGAGUUGUAAUCGGCUUUAAACUAUUCUUUCUACUCAAGAAAUGGGGGUGUUAGGACUCUAAACUAGUUAAAAUCAUCCAGAAUACUCAGUGCUCAUGCUAAGAUUUUUUGUACAAAUUUACUAGUAGUUCAAUUGUUCUAACCUUUGUUCAUUGUAUAUGUGGAAUCUGUCAGAUGCAAGAUGUAUGCUCUGUUAAGGUUUGCCAAAUAUAAACUGUGUGCUAGGUACAGUUGGUGCAAAUAUUUCUGUGGUUUUAUGCUACCUGUGUGCUAUGGUCUACUGCCAGCUAAACUGUUGUGUGCAUAAUUAGAUAAGAAAAGGUGUGUAAGGUCUGUGGAAUCUGGAAUUUUCUGUCUUCUAAAUGAGGAGAAUACAAAUGUGAGCAAAAAUGAGCUCACAGUUUGGAACAGAGUGAAGAUGUAUCUGCUGAAAAAUAUUUCCCCAGAGUGGGUACAUACUAACCUUUCUGUAUUACUGUGACAGUCUGUACCUCUUUGUUCAUAUCAGGUUAAUGAUCAAUUUUGUACAACGUAUGUUUUUUAAAGUAUCAUUUGAAAAC